UACAGUGGGCUUGCGGGAUUGUUUUGAUGUCAUCAAAAGCAAGUUGUGUCUUUGUUGGUUUGCGCCUUAUUUAGUGUAAAUAAGUUUUAGACCUCAUUGUAAUCAGGAUUUUUCGGUCUCGGCUCGUUUUAUUUUGGCGGUAGACUUCGAGAAGUUGACGUAACAAUAAUAACUCAAGAAAGAAGCGUAUAACCUCGAAGGAAAAUUAGCCUAUAAUGAAGAGAACAACAUAUCCAUACAUCAUCUGACAAGCUGAAUUUAGUUAUCAGCCACUAAACAUUAAUUAUGGAUUGUACAGCUCUUGAACUUGAUGCUGUUAAAUUUGCCAAAUCAGCUGUAUUGCACGACCAGCAGGGAAAAUACAAUGAAGCUGUUUUCUACUACAAGGAGGCUGCCCAAGCUCUCAUCUAUGCAGGUAUGGCUGGAUCCAAACUAGAGAAUAUUCAAGACAAGGUGAACGAGUACAUGGACAGAGUACAGACUCUACACAGCACUGUUCAAGCACAGAGCAGUGACCCUCUGAAGAGCAAGCAUCAGUUGGAUCUGGAGAGGGCGUACUUCCUGGUGACACAGGCUUUUGAGGAGGAUGAGAAGGAAAACACUGAUGAGGCCAUUCAGCUUUACACUCAGGCUGUAGAGUUGUGCAUUCAAACGUCCAAUGAGACAUCAGAUCAAGCACUACAGGGCAAACUGAAACAGCUUGCUCGCCAGGCACUGGACAGGGCAGAGGGACUAAAAGACUCCCUUAGUAAAUCUGCUAACCAUGACAAGCCCAUUUCAUCCACAUCCAAAUCUCAGGUGAGGCAAUUCCUGCCGCUAGGUCCAGACUUCUCUAUUCAUGACAAAGCUCAGCCGGUCAGAGCGGCACAGUCCUGUGAGCCACAGGGGCAACGCUACAUGCCGGAGGAGAUAGAGGUGCUUAGGAAAACCUCCAAGAUAAAUGGAAUUGAAUAUGUUCCAUUCAUGAGUGUAGACCUGAGGGAACGUUUCGCUUUCCCGGUUCCGUUCUCGGACAAAUGUGGAAAACUGGCUCUGUCGCCAAAGCAGAAAGCCAUAUUCUCACGCUGGGUUCGGCCUGAUGACAUCUGCAAUAACCCCACCAUGAUCUUCACUGUGUCCAGCUUCAGCAUCAAGCAGACGGUUGUGUCAGACUGUUCCUUUGUUGCCUCAUUGGCCAUCAGUGCUGCUUAUGAAAGACGCUACAACAAAAAGUUAAUCACAAGUAUCAUCUACCCACAAAACAGGAAAGGAGAGCCAGAAUAUAACCCCUGUGGGAAGUACAUGGUCAAGCUACACAUUAACGGUGUUCCAAGGAAGGUAAUCAUCGAUGAUUUCCUCCCGGUGGAUCGGAGUGGCGAACUGCUUUGCUCCUACUCCAGUAAUCGCAAUGAACUUUGGGUAUCACUUAUUGAGAAGGCUUACAUGAAGGUCAUGGGAGGAUAUGACUUCCCUGGCUCCAACUCUAAUAUUGACUUGCACGCCCUCACUGGCUGGAUCCCAGAACGUAUCGCUAUGCACUCAGACAAUCAGUCUUUUAACAAAGAUGACUCUUUCCGCAUGCUUUUCCAGAGGUUUCACCGAGGAGAUGUUCUCGUCACCACAGCAACAGGGGUCAUGACUGAGGAUGAGGGGGAAAGGUGGGGCUUGGUGCCCACACAUGCAUAUGCUGUCUUAGACAUCAGGGAAUACAAGGGUAAACGCUUCCUCCAGCUGAAGAACCCGUGGAGUCAUCUAAGAUGGAAAGGUCGCUAUAGUGAACGUGACGAAAAGAACUGGACACCAGAUCUUCUCAAAUACCUCAAUUUUGACCCUAAGACAGCGCAGAAGUUUGAUAAUGGGGUAUUUUGGAUCAUCUGGGAAGACCUGUGCCAGUAUUAUGAUGUCAUCUACAUGAGCUGGAAUCCAGCUCUGUUCAAAGAAUCCUCAUGUAUACACAGUAGCUGGGAUGGAAAACAAGGACCAGCAAAGGAUGUCUACAGCUUGGCCAAUAACCCUCAGUACAAACUGGAGGUGAAUUGUCCUCAAGGGGGCACGGCUGUAUGGGUGCUUCUCACAAGACAUAUCACUGACAAGGAUGACUUUGCUCAAAACCGGGAGUAUAUAACUUUAGUCGUUUACAAGACAGAUGGAAAGAAAGUGUAUUAUCCAGCUGAACCGCCUCCCUUCAUUGAUGGCAUCAGAAUCAACAGCCCUCACUACCUGACCAAAAUCAAACUGACCAGUCCUGGAACUCACACUUUUACACUGGUGGUCUCUCAGUAUGAAAAACAAAACACCAUCAACUACACACUAAGGGUCUAUUCAGUGUGCAAGUUUAAUUUCUCCAAAAUCCCAACACCCUUCACCCACACCAAAAGAAUAAAUGGCCAGUGGAAAGGGGCCAGUGCCGGGGGUUGUGGAAAUUAUAGAGAUACCUACAAGAACAACCCGAUUUAUCAGUUUAACUUGGAGAAAUCAGGUCCUCUGCUCAUUGAACUUCGUGGCUCCAGGCAGUACAGCGUGGGCUUUGAGGUGGUGACCGUAUCUACAGCUGGGGAUUCUGGAUCCUCAGGCUCUCAAAAGAGAGGCAGUGGAGAUUUCCGAUGUGGUUUCUGUUAUAUGGAGUUGGAGCACCUCCCAGCCGGCAUUUACAAUGUCAUCCCCACCACCUUCCUGCCGAAACAGGAAGGCCCGUUCUUCCUGGACAUCAGCAGUGUCACCCCACUUCGGGUAUCUCAGCUGCAAUAAGGACACAAUCAUGAUGAAAAAUGGUGUAUAUCAGCGGCCCACCAGUUCAUUCUGCAAUUAAAAGAUGCCCUUACUGAAGAUACUUCAGCACUCAUCUCUCACGGCAUGGAAGUUUGUUUUCCAAAACAAAUGCGCACCACCCACAAAUGGUACCUGACAUAGUGCCAUAUUUGUCAUGUUUGCGUGUGAUAGACAGCGAAUGACUGCUCUGACUCCUGUGCUGUUGUUGUGCCAUGCUUGAAGGAAGUGUGUUCGAUCAGCCAAAAACACAUUUCUCCCAGACCUGCGGUCUAAAGUUGCAAUCAAAGAGUAUGGUGUAAGUGCACUACACCUGAAACAACUGUAUUUCACUCAGGAGACUGCAAAUACAACAGGGACUUUACAUUGUUGUAUAUAAAUGAUGUGUUUUGCUAGAGUAGCUAAUGAUGAUUGUUCUGCAUAGUACAAAGAUCUCUGUGUCACCUUACUAAGGGCUCUUCCUCUGGUCUGUCAUUGAUGUCUAGGUAGAAUGAUGUUCAGAGGGCUUCUCUCUUCAGUGUGCUUUUACACAUAUCCAUCUGGUGCACCCAUAAGCAUGUUGGUCAAAUUAUUUUCAGCUAUUUCAACAAAUAGCCCAGUUUGUUUCAGUCACUAUUUACCAUUACAGUACUGUAUGUUUACAGAUGAUAACAAUGAACUGGAUGUUCACACAUUGUACAUGGACAUGGACUGUUGAGGAUAUUCCUAUUUGGGGAUUGUGCAAAUGCUUUGAAGUUCUUCCUUUUCACAUGCUUUUUGGUUUUCAUUCAUCUGCUCUAAUGUGUUUAUUUGCUGAGAUUAAAAUAUAUGUGUAUGUAUUAUCAGGCAUUCUCACAGAUUAGCUUUUAAAGCCAUUUGUUGUCCCAUUUUCCCUCCCAAAUGACCUAUUCUGGAGUCACAGGGCUAAGCAGUAGUUAUACUGAAAAUUCACACGUUAUAGCACUUUAUUCUGAAAAUACUGAUGGCAUAAUGAGAAAUGGGUAGUAAACAAGAUUUGACAAUAAUGUGGCAAGCUAUAUAGCUCUUGUGAAUUGUAAAGUGACAUCAUGACUGAUGUGUCACUAUUAAUCUUAACUGAUUUAAAGUGUUUCUUUUAAUUCAAAUUUCAAUUUCUUAAUCCAAAGAGACUCAUUGUCAUAUGUUGUUUUUCAUUCCAUCAUAUCACCAUGUAAUAAAAAGUGAAGGGUGAUCUGAAAACUUAUAGGAGUAUUCUGGGUUCAAUACAAGUUAAGCUCAAUCGACAGCAUUUGUGGCACAAUGUUGAUUGCAACAAAAAAUAAUUUCGUCUCGUCCCUCCUUCUAAAAAAACAAAUCUGGGGUACAGUGAUGCACUUACAAUGGAAGUGAAUGGGGCCAAUCCAUAAAUGUUAAAAUACUGACUGUUUAAAAAGUAUAGAUACAAGUCUUAGAAGCAUGUUAACAUGAUUACUAACCUGUUCUGUGUAAAGUUACACUGGCGGCCAAAUGUUUGUAAUAAUGUGCAGAUUUUGCUCUUAUGGAAAGAAAUUGGUACUUCUAUUCACUAAAGUUGCAUUCAACUGAUCACAAUGUAUAGUGAGGAUAUUAAUAAUGUGGAAAAAUUACUAUUACAAUUUGAAAAAUAAUUUCAGAACUUCUUAAACUACUUCAUAGUGUUCUCAUGAAAAAUCCUCCACGUGCAGCAAUGACAGUUUUGCAGAUCCUUGUCAUUCUAGCUAUCAGUUUGUCCAGAUAUUCAGGUGACAUUUCACCCCACGCUUCCUGUAGCACUUGCCAUAGAUGU